CAAACGCGCUCUAGUUCCUCAGAGCAACACUCGACAUAAACAAGACGUAAAUAAUAAACACAAAUCAGUAUUUUUGCUCUUUAGCGUUAACUUUAAAAGCGGAGCUGCUGUUUUAAAGCGGCUAAUGACGUGAAAUGGAUCUUCGUAUACGACAAUAUCUGUCAAAAGCUCAGGAGAAAAGAGAUGCUGUGUAUGUGAAGAAAGCAUAUGAGCUGAUUCAGGCUUCAGGUCCAGCAGCGUCUGAUGGCAGAUCUCGGUCUGAACUCUGUGUUCUGUGUGCUGAACAAUCUCUGCAGUUGGGCUGUUGGGAAAUUGCACAGGACUGUUUAACAAUGUACUUGGAAGGCAAACCUCCAGCUAAUCAGUUCCUGUGUCGUGCGUAUCUGUGCCAGGGUCAGCUCAUCUCAUCACGCUCCGUUAGCACAGCGGAGGACUUGGAUAAGGCUGUGAUGUACUAUCUGAAGGCGAUUGAGAUUGCCAGAGACAAGUCCAGAUAUAAUUUCCUGGUGUUCAACGCCUCGCUGAUGUACCUGCAGUCCUUCAGGCGGUUCCUGAGGCCCGGGCAGCGUCGGCAUCUGGUUUCUUCUCUCAUGCAGGUGAUCAAGGCUCUAGAGGAGGUUCAGGAUCCUGAUCACGCAUGGAGGGCUGAGCUAAUGCUACACCUUAUUGAAUGUCUGCUUGAUGCGGGGAAGAGGACGGAAGCGGCUGCCAUGGUCAAGGUCACCUGCGAUUUUAUGCAAUCACAUAAACCAGAGCUUUAUCCCCGGCUUUUCUCCAUACAGGCUCGACACAACCUCAUGGACGUCUCUGAAAUGCUGAAUGAUGGAAACCCUAAGUUGCUUUUGAUCUACAAGAUCCAAAAUCUUAAACAUAUGGCUGAUGUCAGUGAAAUGAAGAGAGAUGAUGCAACCACACUCAAGGAGAUUUUCCUGCUGCUGACGCAGUCAUCAGAAUCCAGAGCGUCCGACCUCCGGGACUCCAGUCCUCCACCUGACAUCCACAGCUCCAGUGCUCCACCCAACACCAACAUUGUCUCUGAAUCUACCAGACCGAGUCCUCCGCCCGUCAUCCAAAGCGCACCGCCCAGUAUCCACCACUCGAGUCCUCCAUCCUCAUCCUGCAGCUCUAGUGUUUGUCUGGAUCACGACUCUUCCAUCACACUGACUGACAGGGUUGAGUUCCUGUUGGAUCUGGCUUUCCUCUCCCUACAGUUACAGCAACACCAAACAGCAUCCGACUGCCUGAAGGAGCUCCGAGCCACAAAUGUCACCGUCGGUCAGCGCAUAAUGACGGAGUGUGUGCAGUGUGAGCUCGAGCUUAACAAACACAGAGACGGAAUGGAGAAUUACUCCAGAUCCAGUGUGGAGUUGCGGUUGAGCAUAAUCGUGCGUUUGGAUGCGCUGCUGCAAAAAGCGCUGAAGGAGGCAGACGCUCGUGCGAUUCAAGCGGUGUGUGCGUGUCUGUGGAACGCAUGUCUGCCGCUCCUCCAACAAAACCUACGAAAGAGAGUCCAGAAACCCCUGCUCAGCCUCGCACGAGCGCUGGACCACACCGACAGUUUGCUGCUGGACGUGUUGUGUCAGGUUCAUGCUGAACUGGCCGCUAUAGACGAGGAGGAUGAAAAGCUGGAAUCUGCCAUGAAACAUCUUGAGAAAGCUCUAGAGCUGGAUCCUCACUCCCAGCAUCUCUCCUCCUCCUUACGCCUCCUCCAGCUGCGCUCCUCUGUCCACAGCACUCCCACACGGCCGGAGGAGCAUGCCGCCAAACUCAUACAGCAGGCUAAAGAGGGAAGUGGACGUGAUGCUUUGAGAAAGCGACGGCCACUGCUGGUUAGUGCUGGAAUCGCUCUGGCACCUGAUGCUUUCCAAACCGUCCUGGAUGCUGACAGUAAAAACAAAGAUGACGGAGCUCAAGAUCAUCUGGCACUGCUUGCUGCUAAAGCACAACAUCACAGCACCUGUGUGCAGAAGGUCAAAGGUCAUUUGGAUGGACUUGAUAAGAGCUUGGAUGACAAAGAAAGGGUGAAAUUAUGGGGGUCGUUGGCCAAGACCGCCCGAAAACAGGAGGUUUUUGACGUGUGCCGGGCAGCCUGUCGCUUCUGUCUGCUUUAUGAUGACGGACGAUGGAAAAACACGAGUGAACAUAAGAACAGAGCGAGUCCAGAUCAGGGGAACCAGACCGACCCAAACACACAGAGAGAUCUGCUGCGUCUGCUAGCCGAGGUCCAUUUCAUCAACGCUGAGGUAACCAUCCUUAAACUCCGCUCUGAGGGGGUGGAGCUGAACGGUUCUGUUGUAGCACCUGAAGACGACGCCCACUGGAACCUCUACAGUGAUUGGAUCAAGGAUUUAUCAGCUUAUGCCACAGGUAGUUUCCUGCGAGGGGCGGAGCUUGGGGCGGAGCUGUGUGAGGAUUGGCUGGUGGCUAAUGCAGCUGUAUAUUUGUGGAACUAUAAUAAUUGGCUGCUGGCCACCGGAGGGCAUCAGCUCCUAUUGCCCACAUUCAGACGUCUGGUAGAGCUGCUCAGACAGACAGGGCAUGCUGGGGAGGUUGUUCUUCUGGUCAUGCUUUGUGACGCCGUGGCUCAGGGACUCAUCCAGCCGUGGUUCGGGACGUCUGCACGCGCCAAUCAGGAAUCGCAGGAUGCCGUGAAGGGAGGCGUUCAGCUGCCAGCCGAAAAGACAAAGAAAGUACGAGGGAAGAGUGUGGAGAAAUCCGGCUUGACCCUCGGCCCUCAGCUGGACGCGGCUGCCGUGCAGGACGUAAAGAAAGCUUUGGAGGUGUGUGAGUUUGCACUGCGUCUGUCCAAUGGAAACACUGAGCCGCUGCCCGUCACGGUGAGGAAGCAGAUCUUGAGCACGUGGGUCUGCGUUAAACAGCUGCUUCAGCAACAGAUCGGACACAAACUGGACAUCAACGAUCAGAGUCAAAACGAGGCGGUGACGGCCGUGUCUCGUGUGCUGGUCGCAGUGGAGAUGCUUCAGUGUAACAGGAACUCCAGACUGAUGGAGUUUACUGUUCCAAAUCUGUCUGUGCUGGUUCAGAUGGCGUCAGGCUGUCAGUGGUCAGAUCCGGUCGUAGAGCUGUACGUGUGGACGCAGCUCGCUCUGUUUGCACAUCAGACACAUGACCACGACCUUGUCCUGACCUGCACCCAUAAUGCACUGCAGCUGGAGCAGAACGCAACACAAAAAGUGAAGACAGCUGUUUAUGCUCUGUUCAGCGUGCGUUCAGUGCAGGAGAUGUUGAGCAGUGCUGCGUGUGUCAGAGGUCAGAGUUUGAUCCAUGAGGUCAGAGGUCAUCACAGCAGAUAUAUGAAGGGUCUGCACAUGCUGCGGGCCAGCGUCAGUUUUGCGGAGCAGGCGGGCAGCUGGAGUCUGUGUGCGACCGCAGCCGCUCACUACUGGAACGCCUGUCUGCCUCUGCUGGACACCGGACGGGACAGACGACAGCUGAGAGAAGAACUCGAGCUCAUCCUGAAGGCCAUGAGCCGCACCUACAGCAAACACACAGCCGGCAAAACUAAAGGAGCAUCUGGACUCAAAUGUGACAAACCAGUGAUGGAAACACCAGAUACUGCAACAGGCGCUGGCAGUGCUGAUGAUGACCUGAAGGUGUGGGCGGCCGUGUUCAACGCUCUGCUCCAUAUUCAUGCAGACGCUGGUGACUGGAAGAAAGGCCUGCAGCUGCUGGAUGAGGCCGUCAGGGAGAUGCCACACACCGAACACAGGCUAGUUUUGCUGAAGCAGCGUGUUCUGGUCAAAGCCCGGCUGGGUGAGUCUGUUUUGCUGGACAUGCAGCGGUUCAGUGACGAGGGUGAGAUCGUCUGCUCGCAGAUGUGGCGGCGUGCAGCUCUCUGUGCGAAAGACAAACAACAGCGGCUCAACUGCUAUCAGAACGCCAUCACAGCACUGAAGUCUCCUGGUGGUGAGUGGCAGAAGGUGGACGUCCUGCUGGAUUUUGGCGAGUGGCUGUAUUUGACACACUUUCCUGUGACUGAUGCCCGGCUACAUAUCGAAUGGGCCGUAGACAUCCUGCUGUUCACAGACACACACAACACAGAGGGUAGUGUCCCGUUCAUUUCCCCUGUCCCAUCAGAUGAGCGCGGCGUGGCGUCCGGCCCUCGUCUGUCUGAUGUUGGUGCGGUCGGGCGUCUGGAGCGUCUGAUGCGAUCACACACACUGCUGGCUCUCACAGAGGAGCGAUCGUCUCCCAAACAGCAGCAGCAUCUGCUGACGGCCUACAGCUGCACGCUGCACAUCUGGAAGGUAUCGAUGGCGACCGCACAGGAAGUGAUGAAUGAUUCAGCAGCUCCAGAUGUGCGAUCCGCCAGCUCCAGAAAAGACAAGGAGAGACCAGACGACAAGAAAACCAAACAGCCGUCUCCUGUUGAGGACAAACCCAGAGCUAAAGCUGCAGACGUGUCUCUUCCCAUCAGCCCCGAGCAGUGGGCUCAGUUCGAGUGUCCUGAGGAGGUCCGACAGGCCUUUCUUUCUAACUCCGGUCCUUACAGCAUCAACAGCACAUCCAUCGAGGCACAGAGCCGAACUCUGUUUUAUUUGGAUCUGUUGGUGAAAGAGCUGGAGUCGUUCUCUUUGACCCCGCUGACCUUUGCCCCUCUCCACCUGGCAGAGGUCAUCGCUCGUGACCUCAUGAAGAGCAGGAGUCGGUCUGACCUCUACCACCUCAGGAUCAUCAGGAACUGUCGUGAUCUCGGGUUCGAGUCUCCGUAUUCUGAGCAGCUGCUGAGUUUCACACACGUUCCUGAGGAUGAACAGAUGCGGAACCAGAAAGCCAUCAUUACACAGAGAAACGGAUCUCAGAACGACGUGAUGGAUGAGGCGAUGUUUGCUGACGGUGAUCCGUGUGGAUGGACGUCAUCCGCUCUCAGUCCCCAUCGGCUGUGGCUGGAGAAGGCCGACGUGUGUCUGAGUAUGAACCUGUUUCAGCCUGCUAAAGUCCUGCUGACUCACACACACCUGACCGCCAAGGCACUUGGAGAUCGGACGUCAUUGGCUAAGAGUUUACACCUGCUGGCGGUUCUGGCCAAUCAGGAGCAGCGGUACGGCGAGGCUCUUGUUCUGCUGCAGGAGGCUCAGGAGAUCGGAGGAGACGAGGAGUUCUGCUUCCUGCUCGUUCAGACGCUCCUGACGACCGUAGCGGAACAGGAAGGACCGGACGCGCAUCAUCAGGUGUGUGUGAUCACAGAACAGGCCUGCGCAACCAUCAGAGCUCUUCUAGAGCAGAGACCGAACCGAGCUUCAGUCCUUCGCUUCUUCAUCGCAUCGCUGCAGACCAGGGCGGCCGUGUCCCGUCAGCGUUUGUUGAGUCCUGACGGUCCGCUCUGCCGCACGACCGAUCCGUCAGUGGAGAUGCUGAGUUCGGUGUGUGACGCGCUCAAACACACUGCAGAUGAACUACUGCAUCUGGGAUACAGGACACACGCCGCACAGGCCACGCUAGAACACGCCAACACACUCAGAAUCCUGGCGGCUCAUGCGUCGAGUGCAGAAGAGAAACAGCGCCACCUUCUGGACGCGUUCAGCCUGAUGAAGACGGCCGUGUCUCUUCAGGAGGAAGUCGUCUCUGAUGUCCUGAAUGUUCUUCCACCUCAUGAGUCCGGUUGGCGUAACGUCCCAGCGGCUCGUGUGUGUGUCCGUCUGAGACUGGCUCUCGCUGAUCUGGCCCUGUUCAUGCUAGACAUCCAGUGUGCAGAGCAAAAGAGGAAGUCCAUCGCCUGGGACAGGAAGUCCUCAGUGGAGAGAGCUCUGGACGACUACAUGAGGAGCAGCGCUGAUCUCAGCCAGCAUGAGAGGGACUGGUGCGCUGUGGGCCGCUCUCUGGCUCAGGUGGCUUUGACUCACCUCACAGCUGUCAGUUCUCUCUCGCUGGACUGCGUGGAGACAAGGGCUCACUCCCUCGGCAUGAUGGGAAGGUGCCUGAGGAUUUUAGCUCAGCAGAAAGACCCGCUGUACCCGUCCACACUGUGGGACGAGCCUGACACGGAGCAGGACAGGAGCGAGAGAAAGCAAAACGAGGAUGAUAAUGAAGACGAACAAAUGAUGAUGAAUGAAACUGAGAAGAAACGAUACGCUGGCAAACGUGCAGAACUGCAGAGCGAGCGGAGGGCAGCGCAGCGGCUGUUGGCUCAGGCCUGUGAAACUCUCUCUCAGUCUGUGAGUCUGAGUCUUCAGCACAACCUUCCUCAUCUUCUUCCUCACGUCUGCUCAGAUCUGCUGGAGUGUCACGGUCAGUUUGACCCCAGCGCCAGCGGACAGUACCUCGCCCUGCUGCAGAGCGGUGUGUGCUGUGUUGAGAUGUCAUCCGUGUUGCACUCGAUCUGCUCCAGUGUCGGUGAGUCUCGGGCGUGUGCUCUGGUGAACCUGCGGAGGAAGCUGCUUUCUGCACAGGGUCACAGACCCGACAGCACUCUGACAGCAGUGAACCGAGAGCUCGCCGCUCUCUCCAAGGCCUUCACUCACUUGACCAUAAACCCAAACCACCUGAGAAUUCUGGGAGAAAUGCCUCCCAACUUCAAGAUCCUGCUGCUCCAGCACUCAGAGGACAGUUCUGUGCUUUACGCCGGACUGUAUGAGAGGGUUAAAUCUGCAGAGACUCAGAGAGUAAAGAAUGUGACAGGUGGUCUGAUCUGCUCUAAGGUGGUCAAGGCGUCCGUUCAUCACUCUGAUCAACUGCAGCUCCACAAACGCCUGCAAGAAUUCAAAGAUCUGAACGCACAGUUGUGUCUGAAAGAGUCACGCCACUACGGACAGAGCCGAGCACUAGAAGAUAAAGAUGGAAAGCUGGAUGAAUGUUUCAAAGCUUUGCUUGAGGAAAUGGAAAACUACCUGAAUCCUGUUCUCUCACAGUUUGACUUUUCAUGCUUCAGCGUUCGCUCUCCGUCCAUCUCCACAACGUCGGCUCGCGCCAAAGACAAGGACGAGAAAAAUGCUGAUAAACCACUGCUGGAUGCUGGUGAGUCUGUGGUGAUUCUCGCUGAUCGGAUGCUGUUGGAGUUUCCAUUAGAAGCAUUAAGCGUCCUGCAGGUGGAAAACAUCAGCUCCGUAUCUCGAGAUUUCUCUCUGCAGGUUCUUCACACACGUCUACAGAUGGCUGAAGCAGUUGAAAGUGACAAUAAAAAGGAGGCCAAAGGUGGCAGAGGAGUCAAGGGGAGAGGCGAUCAAAGCCGGGGCAUCAAAGCGGUGCCGGUCAAUCGCGUCCUGCCGCCGAACACCGUCCCGGUGGACACACACAAGUUCAAAUAUGUAGUUGAUGCUCAGGAGGAAGAUGAUGGAAAGCAGGCUGAUUCCAGCAGCCCAGCAGAGAUCAUGAGGAAGACCCUCGACACGUACGCAUCGCAAUUUACACCUCUGUGGGAAGGAUUCAUCGGCCACGAGCGCAAACGCAGUGACGCUCCUCUCGCAGUCUUUGCAGAUCUCGAGCAGCUGCUGACGUCCUGUAGCGCCUUCAUCUACUCUGGCAUGGAGAACUUCUUCUCCUGCGUCCCACCGGCCAAGAUGGCCUCCCUCAACAUGUCUGGAUGUCAGAUGGUUUUUCUCUUUGAAAGUGGUCAGAACAGAGUCGGCGUCCAGAAAAGGUGCUCCAGUGGGGUUUUGGAGGGUCCGGUGGGCUCGGCGUAUCUGUUCAGUGUCAGCGGGGUUCAUUCUGUGCUGCUCAACCAGUGGCACAGCAGCGCCGCGGCAAACGCACAAAACAUGCGCUCGCUCAUGGACAAUCUUCUGAAAGCAGGACUGACUUCAGGACGAGCCGCUCACGUUUUACGAACACACAAAUCAGAAAACACAGCAGUCAGUGAAAACUCAUCCAGUCCGACAGCGGACGAGAGUUCAGCUGCAAAUGAGGAAGACGUUUCAUCUGAAGACACUCAGAGAAAAACACCUCUGAGUCCUUCUGCGUUUAACUUUGUUAUUUAUGGACUUCCUAAUUUAGUGGUUACAUGAACAGCUGGACAUGUUUGAGUUGUUUUAAGAGCAGUUGCACUGAAAUAAAACACAUUACACACAAAUAUUGAUAAAAACCCUUCAGUAAUA